AUGGGUAAAGGUGACGAAGCUAAAAAACCCCGUAGACCAUACGAAGAAAUAGGUGCAAUUUUUAAUGGUAACGAGGUUAAGAUCCGUGUCCCGAAGAGCACAUCUAAACCUCCAAAGUUAACUCCUUCACAAUUGAAGCUACAGCAGCAAUGUACUUGCGAGGAUGACGCUUCAGUGUGCUCUGAAACUUGUGGCCUGCCAGGUGAACGAGGAGCUGGUCCAGAUAAUCAACUACACUUACAAAUUCCGGAUGAUAUCUGCGAAGCUCUCACUAACAGAACUCAAUUGAAUUCAGAGCUAACUUACAGCAAAAAUGAAGCUCACGAGAAGAUGUGUAAUAUUUGUAACAUAACACCAGACGACGCGCCUAAAGGAGUCCAAGCACAGAAAGUUCUACACCCGGACAAAGAUGUGUUCGUCUUAAAGAUCGGCAAGCAAACAGAUGAACCCAACCGCACUGGUAGCAUUGAGGUCGACUGGAUAUGGAUACACAGAGAAGAAAACGUGACAUUACCAGAAAUGAUCGUGGCUACAAAGAGAAGUAAACGUGAUCCCACUGGAGAUGAUCGUGACCACAUAGAGAAGAAACCGUGA